AUGUUUGGAAGAAAGGUCUUUGGUCUCGUAGCGUUGGCUACCGGUGUCGCCUCCGCGCCUGCAAAGAGGCAGGCGCCGAGUGGUGUACCUGAUUAUGUGCUGAAAUAUGCUCCCGUCGUGUAUCUCCAUGGCCAAGAUCCCUACAUGCCGUCAGACCUCAACACUCAUCUCUCUCACACCACCCCCGAAGUGAACUUCAACGCCGUUUUCGCGCCCAACCCGUUGGAUAUUAACAGCCUCAAUCAGCUCGGCGGAGAUGUGUAUUUGACGUCGAAUGAUGAUAUCACCACGAAUCCAGAAUGGUUGAAGGGUGUGAGGCCCGAUGGCAAUGGCAAGACAGAAGGCACCACUGCCGCAGUCAUCGUCAAUGACAAGGGCGACGGCACCGUAGACGCUUUUUACAUGUACUUCUACACUUACAAUUGGGGCGGUGAGGUACUAGGGCUGAGCUCCUUGAACUUCGGUAAUCACGUUGGGGAUUGGGAGCACACUAUGGUUCGCUUUUCCAAUGGCAACCCUGAGUACGUUUGGUACUCGCAACACGCCAAUGGACAGGCUUUCAAGUACAGUGUUACGGAAAAAUACUCCGACAAUCUGCGCCCGAUCGCCUACUCCGCGAAUGGCUCGCACGCCAACUACGCAAUAACUGGUACGCACGACCACACCAUUCCGAACUUCAACCUUCCAGGAGGAGUCUUGGAAGAUCACACGGCGAAGGACAUCUUCUGGGACCCGCUUCAGUCUUCACUCUUCUACAAGUAUGAUGCUGGAGCGAACUCGUUCACCGCGUAUGACGGCACGAGCCCCGUCAACUGGCUGAGCUUCACCGGCCGCUGGGGUGACGAGGAGUAUCCCACGAGCGACAAGCGACAAGUGAAGAUUUUCGGUCAGGCCAAAUAUAGCAGCGGACCCACUGGGCCAGAGGAUAAACAGCUGAACCGCAGCAACGUGUGUCCUGACAACGGGAACGACUGCAUACUGCGGGGUAUCUUGGUGCCCAGGAGUGUGGAGUUGGAUGCGAAGGUGUUUGCUGAGGAUGUUGUGCAGCGCUGA